CUAGGAAAGUGGUCCAGACCUGCGGGGCCCACGCAUCGAAAAAAUUGGAGCAGCCUGAUGUCUGGGUCAGGCUUGCCCAGUCGGGUCCAGAAGCCAUCCGGCGGCGGGUAGGGUAAGCUUGCGGUGCCGAGGGCGUUCUCGGUUCAGUCGGGCUUCGGCUGCGUCGCAGUCGGUUGCGUUCGGUAGGUCCGGUUCGGCCGGCUGCUGCGUCAUUGCUGUGCCGCUGCGUCUUUCCAAGCUGCGUUCGCUCGAUCUCGCUUCGGUCGGCUUCGGUUCUGCUGCCGGCUCGGCCGGCCUCCGGCCCUGCUGGCGCCGUGCACGCCCGUGGCAGCGCGUGUCUUAGGAUCUACCGCAUGCGCAUGUUCGCCAAGAACAAGGUCCUGGCCAAGUCGCGCUUCUGGUACUUCAUGAAGAAGCUGAACAAGGCGAAGAAGAGCGGAGGGGAGCUGCUGGCGGUCAACGAGCUGUUCGACCGGGGCCCCACGAAGGUGAAGAACUACGGCGUAUGGCUGCGCUACGAGAGCCGCACCGACACACACAACAUGUACAAGGAGUUCCGCGACAUCACCAUCAACGGCGCCAUCAGCCAGCUGUACCAGGAGAUGGCCGGCCGCCACCGGGCGCAGGCAGGGUCCAUCCAGAUCAUCCACGCAACGGCCAUCCCAGCGGGCGCCUGCAGGAGGGACCACGUCACCGAGAUGCACGACUCGGGCCUCAAGUAUCCUGUGAUCACGAAGCUGCCGCUGGUGGCCAAGAAGCUGCGCACAACGUUCAAGGCCAGCAGGCCCAUGACGUUCGUGCGCUGAUGGGGGCGCCCCCCCGUAGUGCGUGCGGAACGCCGCGGCAUGCUGAGCAACCCUUCUCAAAAAGAGGGGAGUCGUACUCUCCACGUCGUUGUUUCGUGUUCGGUGGGAAGGAGGAGCAGCAGGGGCACGAGCAGUAGGUAUGGCAGGUGGUCCGCGAGGCCCGACUGAGGAGGCGCGCGAUGCCUGAAGGUCAGGGCGCUACGCCUGCGAAAGGAACAACAACA